UGUGAACCGGUGUCGUAAUGCCCUGCUGUUCGUGAAUUCGGUUUCAUCAGCAGAGUGAUUCGCGAUUACUUCAGACUAGGGCCAGGCGCUAAAUUGAAAUAUUACCUUAAUAUUGACGAAAAUGCAAUAUUACCAAGAUUUAGAACAGUCAACAAGGUUGAGCCUGCUCUGACGAGUAUUUACGGGUAGAAUUACUAGGAAUCAAUACACAUCAGUGUAAACGAACUCAGCUUGGAGUAGCACGUCGGUCAUCAGCUCUACUCUAAUACGCCGGGGCGUAUGUAAUUAUCUGGUUUGUUCACUGAUUAUAUUUUUGAGACGCUUACUUGACUGCAAUAUGUGACUGAUAUAGAUAAAGACCAAAACCCUGGUCAUAUUGCAAGACUCAUCCGAGAAAAACAAGUUGAGUCAAAACAAGAAAAACCAGUUUGUAAUGAAGGUUCGUUACGUGGGUGAAGUAAAUCGACUCGAUGAUAAAACAAAAGGUGCACCCCAAUUUUCAGGCUAACAUUUAUCUCAUUUUCUAACCAUUUGUUACAAAUAGUUAAUUCGGGAUUUUCGCUUUCUUGUGCAGAAAAUAUCAACAGUUUUUGAAAAUGAAAUGAUCGCUCAGCAGUUUUCAUUUUAGAACACAGAACGGCGGCGUUUUCAAGUAUUUGAGACGUGACGUCACACAUCACCAACGCAAAACCAGCUUGUGGUUUAUUAUGUCAAGUUGCGCAAAGAUCAUUCCAUUUUAGGCUCGGCAGUUACCGUAACAAGAGCAGCACAACCCAGAGAUUCAACAUGGUUCUUCAACAGUGUCUCGCUUGCAAUGCGGUGAUAACAGAAUCGUGCAGGUCGUGCGUCUGUGGUCACGUGUUUGAAGACGCCAAAGAGAUUGGUGGGAAAAGAUUUUCAGAAUACCGUGCUGAGCUGUACACCCGUCUGGAGAACAGAAGAAUAAAGCAAUUGGUACGAAGAAAUAGAAACGCGAACGAAAAGGAGUCGGGGCGGCAGCCACUUAAAGAACGUAAGGCCAACGCGGUGAUAUCCGGGGACACCACUUCGAUAUUGAAACCCAAGACUCACUCAUUUAAGCCGAAAACGUGUCAUCGAAGAAUAAAAGGCAAACGAUUUCCAGGCCCAGUAAACCAAUCAGCAAGCACAUCUACUGUGCCACCAGAACUAGUGUCCAGGCUUCCAAGUGCUCUACAGGAAAUUAACCGAAGAUUGACAGGACAGAACCUGGUGUGGUGGACGAUGCAAUUACAAUAGAUACAAUGGUCAAUACUGAGAGAAAACCAAUGAAGAACUUAAACCAAGAGAUAAACAACCGGUAAAAAAAGCACUGAAUGCUGAAAGGAGUGAUAAGGUCCUAUAUCGUCGUUUUAAACAAGAUAUACGAACUGCGGUGUCCGCGACGAAGAAUCUGGUCUGCCUUCAAAUGGAAUAACUUUAUGAGGACAAAUUUGUUGACUAUGCUUCAUACGAUAACGAACUGGAUAACCGACUUCUCAUAUUGAUGUUGGCCCGGUUGUUCAAAGCAAGUAUAAGUUAAUGCAAGAUAAGCGUUAUACUUUGAAUUCAGUUUAUAAGAAUUAUCUCUUUUGCCACGUCUCACCACCAAUUUUUGUAGUUUAAAAAUUAUACGAGUGAAACACGGCUGAAUUGGUGUCAAUCAGCUUUCAAUCGAAACUAUUUAUUUACCCCGGCCGUAUAUAAAGAGGCAAAUGAUAUUCACAGUAUUAAUAUGUCAUGCCUUUGUUCCCUUGAAGGGACAAACUUGACGAAACCGAGUUUCAGUCCAAAAUAUACUCAAAUUAAAAAGAAUGUUUGCGACAGUGAAUACUGGACUCCAAUGAAUCCCUGUUAUGUUGUCUUUGUUAAUUGCAAGCGUGGUAAGAUGUUAUAGUGUGGACUGUAAAUAAAAAAAAGUAAAAUAUAUGACGAGUAAUUAAAGCUAUA